UCAUAGUUUCUUUCGUAAAGCUCUCACUGUGCUGUUUUCCAUGGCCAUUGAAAACUGACGGCCCGCUCGCUCUCGUGCGGUGAGCAGUUUCUCAGCAGCUGCGAGUCAUGUCGGAGGUGUCGACCGUCGAUGACAACGAGGUGCACAGGCCGAGCGGCCGAGGCUUCGCUCGCAAAGGCGCGCUGCGGCAGAAGAACGUGCACGAGGUGAAAGACCACAAGUUCAUCGCGCGCUUCUUCAGGCAACCAACGUUCUGCAGUCACUGCAAGGACUUCAUCUGGGGUUUUGGCAAACAAGGAUUCCAGUGCCAAGUUUGCAGCUUUGUUGUGCACAAGCGCUGCCAUGAGUUUGUCUCGUUCCAGUGUCCCGGAGCCGACGUUGGACCGGACUCUGAUACGGGCUUACACGUGGAUUCGGUACACAUCGACACGCCCUCUAUAUUGACGGUCGCACGUAUACAGGUGUGCUGUCCAUGA